GAAAAAGUUAUCAAAUAUCUCCAAAGGACAAAAAUGGACGGAUGUCAAAGUAACUUUGCAGUGAUUUUUACACGGUAGACGUGUACGUAAUAACGAACCGGAAGCACAAAGGUGAUCUUUGUCACGCUCGGUGUGUUUUUUUCCCGUUGUCAUUUUUUUCCCCCCUUUCCGUUUUCUUUGCAACCGUUUGGCCGAUACGAAAUGAAAGCGGCUGAAGACGAAAAGCAGCAAAGUGACUUUGACUUGAGCAGUUGGACCAGAGCCGAGCGGCCGAGCAGCUCACUGUUGGCGUUCUGCCCACAUGCCCCAAGCAACGGUAGCAACCACCACGGCGCCGCCGCCGCCGCCAAAAAGACUUCGGGCGUCCUGGAGACUUUCCGGAAUAGCAUCCGACUGGUGGCUGAGAAAAGUCCCCUGACGCCCGGGUCCAGAGGCUCCAAGAACCAGUCGCCGUCGACGCGGUCCAAAGCGCCGCAUUCUCCUGAAGCCAACAAGGCUCGAGUGGACUCGCUCCAGAAAAAAAGGGCGUCCGUUCGGCGCGGCCUGAGAUUCAGCUCCAAAAAGGACAAAGCGCAGGACGCCGUCGUCGCCGUCCGGGAUGACGGAGAGGACGUGGAGGAAGACGACCGGCGGGAGGAGACGGCGGAAACGUACACGCCGCCGGGACUGCCGCUCGUGCCUCUGUCGGUGAUGGAGAUCAACAAGCUGAUCCAGAUGGAGGUCCUGGAGGAGGCGCACCUCCACCUUCUGGCUCUGCGGGCGGAGUUCCAGCGGGAGCGUCUGCGCCUCGCCCAGGCGGACUCGCCCGUGGAGCUGGCCAUGAAGGAGAAGGACCUGAGUCUCCUCUACGCCGACCUGCGCCUGAAGGUGGUCUCCGUCGUGCGCACCUCCGUCUCUUUGCCCGCCAGGAACGAGGGCCUCCUGGUCCACGUGGCCCGCAUCGUCCGGGAGGAGGACAAGCGGGCCGGGGAACCCGGCGGUCUCCGGGGGAGCUGGAUGGACGCGUGGAGGGAGGCGGUGGACUGGGGCGCCCGGGACAGGGUGGAGGGCGUCCACCUGGAGCCGAGCGACCGCAGUGACUCCUCGUGGCUGGCGGUCCACCUGGGCCUCCUGGGCAAGACCUUGUCGGAGGACCUGGAGAAGGUGAAGAAGGUGCUGCGCCGGUCCUACCCGCCCAGCUUCCGGGUCUUCGCCGUCUACGUCCGCAGCUACCACGCCGCCGUCGGGGGGCACCUGCGUGCGCUGGAGGGCCGCGCCACGCGGCUCAGGGACCUCUUUGCCCUGCUGGACUGGAUCGUACACCGCUACCGGGGCGAGAGGAUCAUGGGAAGUCCCGCCCUGGAGCCCGACAUGAGCGAGGCCGACGCCGACCUGCGCCUGGACGACGACUUCCUGCGGAGGCUCCGGGCCAAGUUCUGCCAUACCGUCGAGGAGGACCUCAGAGCAUGUCUGGACCGCCUCCUGGCGCUGGAGAACGAGGAGAUGUGGAGCGUGGAGAAGCGGCCCGAAACGGACGACGACGGCCUCUUGGCGUCCGACUUGCACGUGGACAUCUGCACGAAAGUGGGAGGAAACGCGACCAACGCUGCGCACGUCGACGGCGAGCUGCAACGAGACGUGAUCGCGUCGUGCCUGAGGGCGCUGAAGGAUUUCCCCGAGAGGUUCGACGCCGAGUUCCGACGCCGCUGCUCGUCCGGGCGAGCCGACGAUCCGCUGUGGAGCGAGUACCGCGUCGCCUACAUCAACUCCUUCAGUGCCUUACGCGCCCACACGGAGGAGUCGUACCGGCGCCACAGCCCCGACGCGGCGGCGGCGCUGGACCAGGCGGCGUCUCGGCUGAUCCGCGGGCUCCGCGACGGCCUGCGGGAGCGAUUCCUGGACGACGUCAAGCCGUACCUGCGGCGGAUGAUGACGAGAAAGUGGCUGACGAACGACGACGACUUCAACGGCCUCGUCGCACGCGCCGAACUGCUGGCGCUGCACUGCGAGGCCACGCGACCGCCGCACGGCCGGGAGGUGGCGAGCCGGGCGCACUGCCAAGUGAUGAAGGAGUACGUGGGCCAGCUGAUGAAGAACAAGUACUCGUGCAAGAACCGCAAGCACCCGAAGGCGGCCGCCAAGAUCCGAGCGCAGUGCUCCCAGCUCGCCGACGUCUUCCGGCGCAUGGUAGCGGCUGGAAACACAACACGCGCGCAAUGUGAACGACAAAGAGAGCAAAUGGACAAAAAUGGUUCACGGGAGGACUGGCUGGACCCGGUCGGAGACCGCCUGAGCGACAUCGUGGGCCAGAAGAACAAAAACCGCAUCAAGGAGCACCUCCAGCCGCUGCUGGAACAAUACCCCGACUUCAGCGCCCGGCACCUGGCGGCCUUGCUGGCGUUCCGCGGCCCGACGCGAGGCGGCGAGCGCCGCCGCAUCCUGCGCACGCUCGAGCGGCUGAGGAAGGCGGCGGCGGCGAGCGACGACCGAGACGGCCGCCAAAGGUCGUUGUUCGGCGGCACGGAGGCCGCCGCCCCCGGCGGCUGCCUGUCCGACGUCUCCGUCUUCUGCGCGAGCUUCGUCUUCCCCGGCGAGUAGUCGAGGUCGCGCAGGGAAGGAGAACGUCGUGGGAGGACGUCUGGUGCCUUUCAUUUCUGAUCACCCGCAAACUUUAAUUUCAAUUCAACUUGAUUUUGUCCAACAUCUAUUGAAAAAGAGCUCACCUGAAUUCUUAUCUCAAUUCUGGAAAUGGCGUUAUUUCGUUUUCCUGAUCAAUAUAGCUCCGACGUAUGCGCGUGUUAUGUUUUUCUUCAUCCUGGAUGGAUUUUCUUUGCCGCUUAUCCUCACGCUGGAGCCCAUCCCAGCUGUGGAGGCGGGCUACGCCCUGAACUGGUCGCCGGCCAGUCGCAGGGCGCAGUCUCAUUUGCAAUCGCACCUUGGGGCAAUUGAGAGCGUUUUUGGGAUGUGGGAGGAAGGCGGAGUGCCCGGCCUCUUUCGACUUUUCGCAGCGGGCUCGCUCCAAAGUUUGAGUUGGCCCGACAAAACCUCAAAACGCUAAAGGUUAGCGACGCGGAGCCCACAAGGUUAUGUCAUGAUGAAGAAAUAUCAUGAUAAGGUUGAACCCAAACAAGUCGGUUGUGUUGCUCCGACGCGCUCCUUCCUCCCCACUUUCUGAUUGGACAGUCGAUGAUGAUGAUGAUGAUGAUGCAAGCACCGAUGACGUCACCGGCAAUUGUGAUGCGCCAGCUCACCUUGACGAGACUUUUCCCUUGUCACCGUUUCAGUUCUUUGGGUCUUCAGUCUGGACGUGGACAUUUUUUUUUUUUUUUUUUUUGGGUGGUGACGUCCAACGCGAUCUCAACCCCAGAACCGAAAAAAGCGAGCGGAAAUGGUUCGUCCCGGAGGCCGCCAUCUCUAAACUGGGAAAAACUUCACCUAACUUGAACGUUGACUUGUGCCAUUUGGCGUUGGUCCUUUACGCCCCUCCCACCCCUGACCCCGAUUUUGUCUUGAUCAAUCAAACGGGUCAGUGGGGGCCCCCAAUUUUCCAGGAGUCAUCAGGGGUCCAAAACGGUCCUUGAGAGGUCCUUUUUCAUGCUUCUGGUCAGGAGAGGCCGCACCGUG